CAGCCCAGUAAGUGCUCCUCACCGUAGGGCGGCAGAGGAAGACAAACAAACAGUUUCUUCCAUUCCUUCAAACCUUUCGGCACCUAACAAGCACAUUUUGGCGACCAAAAUAUUCAAAAACCUUCCAGAAAAUGACGCACAGAUUUUGUGAGUAGCAAAAGGCGACGGUACCGUCACAGAGAAACAUCAGGGCUUCCUGUUUUGGGUCGCAGCCGGUGUGAGCGGUGUUAGCAGGCUAACGUUAGCCAGCCGGGACUGACCGAAACGCUGCUGUUUGUUGAUUUGAACCCAAAACUUUGGACAGUUGGCAACCCUAGUGAACACUCAAGGCAGGGGAACCCCACCAGUUCUUUAAAGGUUCCACACGAUUAAAUGGUUAAGAUGUGAACAAAGCCACGAAGAAGGUCUGGUGUGAAGUCCUCUGUUCUAGAGAAACAGUCUGAAUUGCUCACAGUGUUGGUGAUGGGAACCAGACGUCUGAAGCCUCUGAAAGCUCCCUAUAGAAAGCUGUUACAUGAAAUGGUUAUGAAGACACUGGCUGAUGCCCGUGGAUCAUUUCAUAUCACAAAGCUCCAGAUGACUAUGUGCAUCGCGACAAAGGAAUUGUGCAAAAACGUUGAAAAAUCUGUGUAAUUCCUGAGGGAAAAUUUCAUUUCAGGAAUAUGGCCCAUUUUGUCGUCAGGGACACAAAUCCUCGGUCCCUCAGGAUCUCCCUCACGCAGCUGAGUAAGAGGGAGCUCCAUAAAUACGGUAAAAGGAGCCAAGUAAACGAGCUCCCAUCUCCCUUGCUUACAAGCGAUGAUGACAUGGAAUCAGAUGAUGAAGCUCUUCAGACUCGGUUCUCUCUGAGCAAGAGGCAGAAACGCAACAAACAAAUCAGUAGAAGUCCUGAUCACGAUGAUGACAGUGUAUCAGAUGAGGAAAGGUCCACUGAAAAGAACAAGAACCGUCCAUUGUGGACACACAGCUACCUGAGCCCAAUUGACAGUGAUGUAGAUGAUGGUUCCUUAAAGCACCGGAGAAGAGGUGGCCCUGAAAGCGCCGAAGGACAAACAAAGAGUGCACAACAGGAUGCUGUAAGUGCUGAAGUGAAGGAGAAGCCUAAAAGAGGAUGCAAGGCCAAACAGUUUAAGGGUUGUAAAUUCAUCAGCCUAGCAGAAAAUGAAUCUAAGUCAGAAAGUGGUGUUUCAGAAGUGCCACAGAAGAAAAGGGGUCGCCCAAAAAAAGUAAAGCAAGCAGAGAAUGUAUCAGAGAGCUUCGUCCAGGAAUCCAAAACAAAAGCCAGUAGAAAAGAAAAGACUAGAAAGCAACAGAACCAUAAACAGACCAAUAAACAUAUCCCAACAGAGACGGCUUCUGACCCUGAAAAUGAAGUCGCUACCAAGAGGGCAAAGAAACAGAAAGCACAGACCUCCAAGAAGCCAAGAGGAAAGCGUAGCACCACUCCAGGAAGCGCUGCAAGCCCAAACCACAGUUUGUCUGACUUGGAGGACACAGCAGGGUGUCAGAAAAACAAAACGUCUUUCCAGAACUUUGAAAGAAGUUCGGACUUGGAAGAUGACGGAUCAAGGGGUAGUAGCCCUGAGCAUUCGGAUAAACAUACUGAUGUCUCGGGUAAUGAAGUAGAAUCAGAGUCGUUGAAACAGAGUUGCAACAAAUUCAGAAAGAACAGAAAAAGCAGUUGGGCUCUUAAAGACCCUUCCAGUUACUCUGAGUCAGAGGAUGACGAAAAGAAGCAGCGCAGGAAAAAAACGACCAAGGGAAAGAGGCGAGCUUCAGGGGACUCCGAUUUCUUGGAGUGGCCUAUAGGUGGUUCUUCAGCCAGGCCGCGCGCCAAGAAAAAGGAGGUAAGAGAGAGCAAGUCAAAAGGUCCAAUUGAGUGCAAAAUAUGUGGCCGGAACAUCAGAUGCAAGGCCAUAAUGGAGAGGCACAUGCUCACGCACACUGGCGAGAAACCGUUCGAAUGUGAUGAAUGUGGCAGACGCUACACCAGCAGUUCCAACCUGCGCAUCCACCAGCAGAGCCACACUGGUAAGAUGGACUACUCCUGCGAAGAAUGCGGGCAGAAGUUCACACACCUACCCUACCUGAAGCGCCACCUGCUCAGGCACUCGGGCAAGAAGCUGCACAUGUGCGACCAGUGCGGCAAAGGCUUCAUCCAGAAGUAUCACCUGACGCGCCAUCUACUGGUGCACUCAGGCAAGAUGCCAUACGCAUGCGACAAGUGCGAUGCGAGCUUCAACCGCACGGAUUACCUCAGCCUGCACAUGCGCAAUGUGCACCUGAGUGAGUGCAGCGAAAAUGACAUCCAGCCUGAGAUCAAGAGGCCCUACAAGUGUGACGUGUGCGACAAAGCGUUCACCACACGCACCACCCUGGAUGCACACGCGCGAGUGCACUCAGGAAUUAAGCCGUAUUCUUGCAACAUUUGCCAGCGCAUGUUUAAACAGUCGAGUCAGAUGCACUCGCACUUGCGCACGCAUUCGGGGGAGAAACCUCACUCCUGCAACUUGUGCGGAAUGAAGUUCGCACGCAGAAACUAUGUUAAGGUCCACAAGGAAAAGAGACAUGCGGCUAAAAACGACUCUCCUUAAAGUUCAUGAUCUUCCAUUCAUUGUUCAAGAAGGCGAAACUAUUACUUCACAGACACCCUUUAUUAUUUUAUUUUGUAUCUGAGCUUUUAUUUGAUACUUGGCAAUUGAAGAUCUGCAUAGUAUAUGUCAGUAGACAUGCACAGAUAAGACAAAGCGGCCUCGGCCUUGCGUCUUGGCGGUGACGAUCCGUUUCUGUUUUUAUCAUGGAUCCUCUCAUUUUGUUAGGAUAUACGUUUUUCAUUGCAAAUCAGUCCAUGGGUUAAUAUUUAUAAAAACAUCAAUUUUCUCUUUGAUCGCAUUUUUUUUCUGUCAAAGAUGUCCUCUGUAAAUUUUACUUUUGCCAUUGCAGACUGUUUCUUUCUUUGCCUUAAGUGCUGAAAUGUUAGAUUAAGCUCUGGCAGUACAAACCGGUAUUGGUGUACAUUGGUGAAGAAAUUAGUGUACUCAAAUUUUAUUAAUAAUAUUUUUAUUCAUAUAUUUUUAAAAGUAAUACUGAAAAGCAUCACAGUGUCUGGAAUGUAAGGCCUCUUGUGCCCUGCAGAGGGCAGCACACUUAUGCUGCUAUAUGCAUGCCAGUUACAUGGGAGAAAGCUUGCACUUUCUACACUAUACAUGCUUAUGAACAACACUUCAAUGUGUGUGUGCAAACUAUGUUGAUAUUGUUCAUAUCACUGUUGUCGAAAGAAAACCUUGUAUCUCCAUUUGUAUGGUUUUUUUACGUUUUCGACAGAAUUUGAAAGUAUAUGUUUCUUUUACAUUGUAAAUUUCAUGAUGGAUAGACCAAAAAAAAAAUAAAAAAACGCCCCAGAAGUCUGGUUCCAUUGACUUACAUUGAAAGUAAAGUAGGUUUGUUCCUUCUCCUGUAAAGGUACCAUUUGGAAGAUACAAGGUGUUCUUCUGACAUCAGCAGGGUAUUACUUUAUAAUACAUGUCCCAGAGUACACUGUAUACAGCACACUGUUUAGUAGCCAUUGCAUUGGUUAGGAUCUGUUGGUUCUUACACCAGGGACCUCCAGUUGGUGCACAUUUUUGCUCUAUCCUUAUGUGUUGCAAGU